CUUCCGUUGAAAUUACCAGCAAUGACGGAUUUAUCCAUACUUCAUAAUUUCCCCCAGUGGGAAAAAAUGAAAAAAGAACUUGAAGAUGACUUUUUCAACGACAGUCUUUGGAACGAAUUGGUUUUGCAUCAUGAAAAGCUCAUUGCUGAUCAUAAAGAGUUGCUCAAGUCUAGAACCGAGCUCAAGGGUCUGAUAUAUGCCGACAUGGACCAAUUGCUUACAAAAUAUCCAUAUUUUACCGUGUAUUGGAAACGAUAUGUUACAAUGGUGUAUACCCUUGAGGGGCUCAAACCCUCGAUACGAGUACUGGAACGAGCUGUGAUUUCAUUUCCAUACUCGCUAGAUGUGUGGAUUGACUAUGUUAAUAUUUUGCUGGCAAACAAGCUAAAAGCUGACAAGGAAAUGAAUCAAAUAUUUCUGCAAGGUGCAGAUAAUGUCGGCUGCCACUUUCUAGCUCACCAGUUUUGGGACAUUUACCUUGAUUGGGCAAAAUCCGUCUAUGGCGUUCAUUCAAACGAUUACAUAGCAAUACUUAUACGAAUAAUCAAGCUUCCACUACAUCAGUAUGCGAAGUAUAAUCAAGAGUUCAUGAGAUUGAGUAAAAAUUUUGCCAUAACGGAUUUAGUGGCAAAGGACAAUCUUGUCACCUACGUGAAGAGAAAAUAUGAUGGACUAAAUGAAGAAGAAAUGGAGGAGUAUAUUGAAAACCACUCAGAAAAACUAAUCAGCUCAUUUUUUGGUGACAUUUUGGCGCAGGUGGAGACAAGAGCACAGGAAAAGUGGAAAUUCGAGAGCGUUUUAAAGACUGAUUUUGACUUCAACAUGAUAACCCUAGAGGAGCUUGAUAGAUGGAUAAAGUAUUUAGAAAACGAGGAAAUGUAUUAUCAAACAAGAGAUGAACUUAGUGAUAUUAACGAACUGAUUGCUUUAUAUGAAAGAGCACUCAUACCAACAUGUCUUUCUGAUCAAGUAUGGAUAAGAUAUGCACGGUUUCUCAUACAAAAUAAAGGUAAUAAUGAUCGAAUAAUGCAUGUUUUCAAUAGAGCAUGUGACCAUUUUGUGCCAUUAGACCUUAAAGAAGUGAGGUACAUGUAUGCUAAAUUUUUCGAGCUGAAGCUUAAAGAUUUAGAGAAAUGUAAACAAGUUUACUUGUCCUUGAUUUCGAAAUCACCCACGGAGACAGAGCCAGUUUCGAAAUACAUUGAGUUUUUAAUUCUUCAUCAAAAUGAAAAUAGUACUAAUGCAGGAUUGGUGCAUGAUAUUCUUAAUUGUGUUUACAAGUUCAACCAAGAAAAAGGACCCAUUGAGCAUUUGAGCAAGAAGAAAAAGAUAAACCGCCCCAUUAAGGGUCAAACUCAAUCUAAUUUUGAAAUACUUUCCCCGGAUGUAAAAGACUUAUAUGAUAAGUUGACGUUUUGGAAUGCUGGACAGUUAAUUGUUAGUGUCUGCAAAUUCUAUUGGCUUACAAAGAAGGACUUAAAACUCACAAGGGAUACUUUGAUGACUUUCUUCAAUACUUUCGCAGUGAAAAGUAGUAAGGUAUUCUGGUUUUUCUUUUUCAAAUUUGAAUUAUGCCAGAGAAAUAGAAAAAAUUUGGCAAAUAUUGUGAGCCAAGUAAGAACUGGAAGCACCUUGAAUAUUUCAGACAUAAAUAUCAUUAUUGAGCAAUACAAUUCGUUUGUUUUGAAAAAUUUUACAGUCACAGAGUUGAAAGAUGGUCAAAGAGAUCUAAUCAAAAAUAUGUUGGAAACAGACGUUGAGUCGUCGUUGCAUAUGAAGCACUACCUAAAAGUAAGACUUGCAGAAGAUAAUGAUGAAGAAACUACAAAUCGAAGACUUGUCAAGGAGAAUGGUCAUCCUGCAGCCAUGUGCGAAGGAAGACCAACUUUGACAAACCCACUACUUAUAUCGGAGAACACUUUUAAAACUUCGACCGCUCCUGCAUUACCUCGUUUUAGAAAUGUAGAAAAAGCCAGCUUGAAUGUAAAAUAUAUACACGAAUCAAUAUAAUUUGUACUCUUUUCUGAUAAUUGUCCAUUUUCUAUAUACUGUCUGUUUGUCUGCCUAUGACAGUUAAACUAUCCUUUACCAACGCUUUUUCCGUACAUCUGUUAUUUCCG